CGAACGCCCACGGUUUGUUUUUAUCCGUGUUUUUCUUUUUUUCUUUGCUUGGUGUUCUUGUUGUUCUCUCCGUCCACCUGUUGAUCCAGGCUGAGAGCAAGUCAGAAACACACACUGUUCCAAAAUGACUUCCAACCAGCCCUUCAACACCAGCACACCUGCAGAUGAGCAGUUUGAUUUUUUAUUCAAAAUUGUUGUCAUUGGGGACUGUGGUGUUGGAAAGACCUGUGUCGUCCAAAGGUUCAAGUCAGGCAUGUACAUCGAACGCCAUGGCAACACAAUUGGUGUGGAUUUUUCAAUGAAGACAGUUAACGUAGACGCAAAAAAAGUUAAGCUCCAGAUCUGGGACACAGCAGGGCAAGAACGCUUCAGAACCAUAACACAGAGUUAUUACCGCUCUGCUAAUGGAGUAAUUAUUGUGUACGACAUCACAAAACGUUCGUCAUUCCUCAGUGUGCAGAGAUGGAUGGAUGAAGUGCGCCGAUACACCCAUCCACAAGUAGCAAUUGUUCUUAUUGGAAACAAGUGCGACCUGGAAACCCUGCGGGAAGUGGAAUUUGAGGAGGCAGAGGCUUUGUGCGAGGUCGUGCCAGAGAUCAUGACAGUCAUGGAGGUUUCAGCCAAGGACAACACCAAUGUGGAUGAUACAUUCUUCCACCUUGCAAGUGAGCUGAAGAAUCGCCAUGACUCUCUCCGCGACCUCAUUCGGCCUGAUCUCAUCAAGCUUGGAAAUACAGAGUCCCUUCGCCGGUGGCCUCGCUGCUCUCUGCCAUGUUCACAAUGAUUGACGCAAGGUGCUUCGUCUUUAUUCACCAUAAUCAGUCUUUUCAAAGGACAACAGCCAGCUCUGUUUUUCUUUUAAAUUUCUGUGUUGUAUAUAUUUUCAAAACAUUCCCUCCACUGAAAGAUUAGACCGUUCCAAAUGAAUCACAGUCUCUGCGCUACAGUAUUUCCCAUGAUCAGUAGAUUUCAUGACUAAACAGGGGAAAGGAUCUUAAAUUGGUAUGAAUAUUGUUUUUGUGUCAGAUUGUUACACAAUUCAGUUUGGUAAAACAUUAUCUGUGAUAUGUCAGAUCUUUUAAGCUAUUCUUUACUGUUACUUGUAAAGACAGAGUGAAUAUGUAUUAUUAUUUUUUUCAAGUUUAGGGACAACAGGAUCAAGUGAUUGAUUCUCAAGGUGAUAGCUAGUCUCAAAGAGGUAGUGAAGUGGUUAAAUAUUAGAGUAAGUGAACUGUAGAGAUUGUUGUUUUUUCCCUUUUUUCUUUUAACUUACCAGUUUAAGAUGAAGCUUAUUUAACAGCUUGUGUGUAUGUGUAUGCAUGUGUUACAAGGUUCUCUUUAUGAUACUAGUUGUGAAUAUUUGUGUGUGUAAUAUGUUAUGAAUUUUGUUACUGUGUUUAGAAUUUUGUGCUGCUAUUGUGUUCAGUGUUAUUCCCCCGAGUGAAUUUAGUGGAUAGUGUUGAACUGCCAUCACUAAGUAUUCCUGAAUUUGACUUUCAGUAUCAGGUGACUGAAAAAGGGACAUGUGCAGAUCAGCUAACAACCAGCAUCAGGGCAAAGUGAUCCAAACAAUAAAUGUGCCCAUAUUUUAAAUGCUGAUUUAGGGAAGGUUUACAAUCUCUGAAUCUCUGCUCAUUUUUUAAUCGAGUGUGUGGUGAAACACAUUUCACUGUUUUGGUCUGAGGUUUUAACUAUAGAUGUAGCCCAUUUCUUUUUUAAUGCAGUUUAACUUGUUAAUGUACCCUAAUAUGUUGAUCUAAUACUUCAUAAAAGAAAAAGAAAAUCUUAAGCAUUACCUGGCAGACAUUAGUCAGAACAGAGGUGAUAUAGCCCCAACAAUGCAGAUGAUAGUAAAAAAUGAUCUGAAUUACAGUAAUGGGUAAAUUUUUUUAACAUGCAGAUGCUUGGAGGCUAUGUAUACAUGUCUUGUCCACUGGGAUUCUUGCUAAUUAAUUUUGUUUAAACAAAACAAACAAGUGUUUAGGCACCAAAUAGGCAGUUACAUGGCCUAUCUGAUCUCAUCUGUAGAUACUAUUCCUUGAAUUAAGGAAAUAUGUUUUUAUUUUUAUUACAUGGUAUUAUUAUUAUCAUUAUUACUACUGUUAUAGUAAUAAUGAUAAUAAUAAUAAUAAAAAUAAUAUUAUUAAUAGCUUUAGAAAAUUCAUGGAGUCUGGUGAAAUGAGAUCAGGUUAGGACAUUAAUUGACCUUGUGAUUUAGGGAGACACACGCACACGCACACGCACACGCACACGCACACGCACACGCACACGCACACGCACACGCACACGCACACGCACACACACACACACACACACACACCACACACACACACAACACACACACACACACACACACACACACACACACACACACACACACACACACAAGAAAAAAAAAAUGAGAAAGUAAAAGUACAGUGGACAAUAUAUGUAUCCAGCACCAGGAGGCUAAUUGUUGGUCAGAAGAAAUGGAUUCAUUAUGACACUUGUCAAGCAAGACAUGUUUGAGAAAAAAUAAUUCACUCAUUGCCACAGGGAUUGGCAUAUAUGGACAUGCUAGGCCCACUGUGAGUUUAGUUUAUUUUGUGCAUAUGUAGAUGGCUCCACAACUGCUUACUCAUCAGUGGUCAAUUACUAGUACCACCCAUCUCACUUGUUUACCCUUUUUUAUGACAAUUAUAAUGUCUAUUAACAUAAAAACAAUAGCAAUUUCUGAAAACUUGAUGAAAGGGGAAAUCAAGUAAGGUCAUGAGGUUUACUAAUUGGCCAAGUACUUGUGAAGCAAUCUAUACAUAAACCUAUUUCACAAAACAAAACUUCAGUGAAUGUUACAUGUUCUGGAGGCAUUGGGUUUAUUACUUUUCUCUGGUGAUUGUUAGAAUGCUGGCAAUCACCAUUUGUUCUUUAUAAUUAGGAUAAUAUCAGGGAGGCUUUUGUAACAACCUCUUUCUUAGUAUUGCCAUUUUUUUAUUUUACUGUUGACAGACAGCUAGUUGUGUCCAUUGGCAAUCUUUUCUGAAGUGUCAGUCAGAGAGUAGUCAUGCAGACAUUACUUUCUCUGCCUGUUGUGUUCCACUGGCUGCCUAACAUAAGGCAUAUUUGCUUUUCUUGAUUUCUGAUUAGGUCUGGAAGGCAUUGAUGUUCAGGAGACUCUGUCACUUAGCUAUAUCAGGACCAAUGCAGAAGUUAAAUACUCAAAAACAAAGUACAAUAUGCCUGUAGGUUUUGUUUGUAGUUCUUAUGGCCAUUUAGUUGUGUAAAUAUAUAUUUUUAGACUUGUCUUUUUUCCAAACUACAUUUGCUCUGAAGAAUUGCUAUUAGUAUUUUGUAGUUAACCAAUAUUUUAUGAUAAAAAUGUUUGCUCUUUAAUUGAAGUAGAUACCAUUGUGUUGUCUUUUUCUUUCUUUUUAUACAAAAUUUCUUCUAAGUUAUCAUAGGUGUAUUUGUUUCUUUUUUAGAUUCAGGCAUGUAGCUUUUCCUAAAGUCUGUUUUAACCCUGCAUUCUUAUGCAUAUGUGUAUGUAUGUAUAUAAUACCUUUUAUUAUUAUAUACAGAGGAUACGUCAGUGAUAAGGCUUUGCAUAUUGUUACUGUUACAAUUUAGAUAUUCAUAGCUGUAAAACUUUAUGGGUUCUUGUUUUUUACAUUUUAUUUUAUAUUUUGCCAAUUCAAGAAUUCCAUUAUAUAUUAGAUGUGGUAGUUAUAUAUUUCAGUAAGGCUAAAAAAAAAAUCUGUGUUGCAUUUUCAUUCCAUGUUGAUUUCCUGGGCACGUUUCCCUUAUGCAGGAAUAGACAGAUGGACAAUCUCUUCUUUUUGGCUGUUUCCUGCCUUCCUUUUUCCUGGAUUUCCCUUUCAUUCCUAUCUCCUCCCCUUCCAUUUUUCUUACCUCUUCCCUCUUUUCAUUUUUUCCUUCUUUUUCCCUUCUCCUUCCCUGUUUCAUUUCCCCCUUUUAUUUCUUUCCUCCUUUCCUUUUUCCCUUCCAUUUUUCCUCUCCAUUCUUCCUUUUUUUAGUCCAGUCCAUAUCCUUUCAUUCCUUUUAUUUUGGUACCUUGGUCUCUUUUAUGAUUUUUCAUUCUUUUCCUGAAAGCAGCUAGCUAUUUAAUUUGUGUGACCUACUACUAUAAACAUGGUGUUGUGAUCCUCUCGGCAUUGAGAUUUAACGUAAACUUGUCCAGACUGUCAGCAAAGCCCUUGCUGUUAUAGGUGUGAUGAUAACCUUUGAAAGGGUAAUGAAUAAAGGAACAUGUUCAUAGGAACACCUUAUGCCAUAGGUAUAUAUUGAUUCCUCAGUCUUUUCUCCGGUAUUUAAUACUGAUAUUUAAACCAUUGAAACGAGUUUAUUGAUACCCCUCUUUUUUCUAGUGUUAAAUGCUAAUUUUUAAGCCAUUGAAACAUUAUUGCAUGCAGUGCAGCUCUGUUGUAGAUGAACUGUUACCAUUGCAUUUGAUGCAUUCUGUGUAGUGAAAUGAAAACCAGGGACCCGUAUUUCUUCUUAGAUAUAUUAUUAUGAAUGAAACUAAUGUAAUAUCUUCAAAUAAUCUUGUGAUGUUUUUAUCACUGUGUGAUAGAAUCUCAUUCUUGCCUUAGAUACUGUUCAUGCUAAUUGAAGAGUUAUUUUAAUGAAAAUGAAAGCAAAAUUAUUCUUUCAGUGUCAAGGUAAAGGUGUAGGUGAUAUUGACUGAAAACUGCUAUUUUUACAUGGGUAUAUAUACUUAUUCUUUCCUUAUAUUUCUGCUAUGUAAAUAAAUACUGAGAAAAAACGUUUUUUUCUGAUAAUUAUUCACCUGAUUGAGUUAAUUUAUGGUUAUAUCAACAGGUAAUCAUAAUUGUUGUAUAAAUAUUACAUGUGGAACCACAUACAAAGUGCUUGUACCAAUUCACGAGAUAGUAACAGGUAAUUAUGUAUGGACUGUAGGGGUACUGUUGUCAAUCAUAGAAAUUGUUCAGCGUCAUGUAUAUCUACCACCCAUCAAAGAUCAAGGGUCUGGACUUACUGUAGUGCAACACAGUACUCAUUCUGCACACAAUCCUGUCUGGCACUUCCCUUCACAUGGCUCUGACUGGAUGUCAUGUACUGUAGAUAAUAAAGUAAGUAUGCCCACUGACAGUGUACAGUUACAAAUAAAGCCUGGCAACCUGA